UGAUUGAUUAUUUGAUGCGGCAGUUUAACUGUAUUUUGAGGUCGUGUAAAAACUAAUUUUGAUCAGGCAGUGUUCUAGACAGAAGACGCAGGGGUCCUCACAGGAGCAUGUGACGCGCACACUGCGCAGGAGCUGCUGUGGAGUACUGUGUUUUUAUAGCACUAACAUGAGCGAUGUAACUGUGCAGAGGAGCGCAUUAUUGUGAGAAGCUGUCAGCUGGCUGUGUCUGCACUGAAGUUAUAACGCACUAUGGCGUUUAACUUCGGUCAGGCUGGCACCGGAGGGUUCAGUUUCGGGCCCCCUCAGACUCCAGCUGCGGGCUCCACGGGCUUCAGUGCUCCUGCAGGAGGGGGCUUCUCUUUAGGGACCCAAGCCCAGACUCAGAGCUCAGGAAACCCCUCGUCUCAGACCGCAGGACUCCUCACUCAGCCGACACAGAGUAACGGGAGCACACAAGGAGGACUGGGCUUCGGAGCCCAGAUGCAGAGCACCAGCUCAAGUGGAGGCUUCUCUUUUGGUGCCUCUCUUCCAAAACUCAGCACACCUGCAGCGUCUCAGCCUGCGAGCACAAGUGUGACCCUGGGGGCUUCGACUGCUGGGACGGGCUUCGGUUUCGGGGGUCUCCCCACACAGACCACUGCAGCCCAGCAGCCUUUGGGGGGAUUCGGCUUUGGGACGCCCAAAGUUCAAGCAUCUUCAGCACAGCCCACCCUGGUGCUCUCGCUAGGGGCUCAGUCCACAGUGGGCUCGUCGAUGGCUUCGGUGGCUCCUGUGAUGAGCUCAGCAUCCAGCGCUCACACAAGCCUGUCUCUGAAACCUCUGGGAGCUGCUCCUGCUAUGAGCACAGUUUCCUCCGCUAGCACUGGAGCUUCUACUGGCUUUUCUCUGGGACUGAAGACAUCUACUGCACCAUCCACCAUCACAUCCACCUCCUCCACCAUCCUCACAACCAGCACUGCUCCAGUGAUGUCAUACGCUCAGCUGGAGGAUUUGAUUAACAAGUGGAGCUCAGAACUAGAAGACCAAAAGCGACACUUUCUUCAGCAGGCCACUCAGGUCAACGCCUGGGACCGCAUGCUGGUGGAGAACGGAGAGAAGAUAACUGCUUUACAUAAAGAUAUGGAAAAAGUGAAACUGGACCAACGAAGGCUGGAUCAGGAACUGGAGGAUCUUCUCUGUCCAUUAGAGGAGUCUGUGAAGGAGCAGAGCGGAAACAUUUACAUGCAGAACGCAGAUGAAGAGCGAGAGAGAACGUACAAGUUGGCAGAAAAUGUGGACGCGCAGCUCAAGAGAAUGUCCCAAGAUCUGAAAGAGAUCAUUGAACACCUGAACACGUCCAGCGGUCCUGCUGACACCGCUGACCCGCUUCAGCAGAUCUGCAGAAUCCUCAACGCACAUAUGGACUUCCUGGAACAACACUCUAUGUUUCUCCACAGGCGAGUGGAGGAGGUCUCAAAGCUGUGUGACAGCCGCAGUAAGGAACAAGAGAAGAGCUUUCCUUUAAACUUCCAGUGAUCGUGCAGCUCUCUUUUCUCCCUAAGUUGUAAAUGAAUGUCAUUGUUUUUGUUAUUUGCUUUGGAAUAAAAUAAUUUAUUUUUA